AUGUCUAAGAUUCCCAGAAGUUUUAGGCUUCUCGAAGAACUUGAAAAGGGCGAAAAGGGCUUGGGCCCCGAGUCUUGCAGUUACGGUCUUGCCAAUAGCGACGACAUCGCCAUGGUGCAUUGGAACGGGACGAUUUUGGGUCCUCCUCACAGCAAUCACGAAAACCGUAUCUAUUCAGUUGCGUUAGAGUGCCAUGAAGCGUAUCCCGACGAACCACCCAAGAUCAAGUUUAUAUCAAAGAUCAAUCUUCCAUGUGUCAACCAGACCACUGGGGAGGUUGAACCAGAGCGUUUCGGAACCCUUCAGAACUGGAAGCGCUCCUACACCAUGGAGACGGUGCUUUUGGACCUUCGCAAAGAAAUGGCGCUCACUUUGAACAAAAAACUACCACAGCCACCCGAGGGGACAACAUUUUGA